UACUGUAACAUUUGUAUCUGGAUUCAAGCCACGACAAAACAUCCAAAAAUUAAGGAUGUCGAGGCUGAAUUCAGAGAAGAAGUUGGGUGCAGGACGUGUGGUGGCUGUGGCCAUUGAGAAUAACAAGACAAGCCAACAUGCUGCCAAGUGGGCAGUGGACAAUCUUCUUCCAAAGGAUCAAUGUCUUUUACUAAUCCAUGUUAGACAAAGAGCAUCGGAUUCAAGCGAAACUGUGGGCGACAGCGAAACCAAGGAACUUUUUGAUUCAUUUCGAGUCUUCUGCAACAGAAAAAAUAUACAAUGCAGAGAAGUGUUGUUGGACGACAUGGAUAUAUCUAAGGCAUUAGUAGAAAGCAUUUCCACGAAUUCCAUCGAGCUUCUUGUACUUGGGGCGCCAUCAAGGGGUGGCCUUGUUAGAAGAUUUAGGACAACGGAUGUUCCUAGCAAUGUGUCCAAAGGCGCACCACCAUUCUGCACAGUUUAUAUAAUCUCCAAAGGAAAAAUCUCAAGUGUGAGAUCUGCUACUGCUCCAUUGGCUCUUAAACCCUCACCACCACCGCGUAACCCACCACCCCCACAACAACAACCACAACCACAACCACAACCAUUCCCUGAAAGAUUAAUUGACGCUCAACCAACCCGCAAUAAUUACCCUCCACGACCUUCAUCAGAGAGGGCCUUUGCGAGUACCGGGACACGCCACAUGACGUUGGAUGAUGAUGAUAUCAUAUCACCAUUCACAAGGUUUGGAAGAACAUACGAGUCUUCUAAACUUCCGGAUUCUGAUAUAUCAUUCGUGAGCAGCGGAAGGCCAAGCAUUGAUCGAAUGUUCCCAACAUUGUACGAUGAUCUGGAUAGUGCGAGUGCGAGUGGAAGUAUUGCCCCGGGUAGGUUUUCUAUCGGCUCAGAUUACGAAGCCCGAAGCAUCGUUUCAUCCCUCUCCUCACGAGGAGUCAAUAACAUGGAUGACUUCUCCUUCUCCUCGCAAUCAAGGUCAUCCGAUUGCUCGGAUGAUGUGGAAUGGGAGAUGAGGAGGCUGAAGCUAGAACUGAAGCAGACAAUGGAAAUGUACAGCUCAGCUUGCAAGGAAGCUAAGACGGCAAAGCAGAAGGCAAUGGAGCUUCAACGUUGGAAAGCGGAAGAAGAGAAGAAAUUAUCUGAUGAGUCGCGAACAACGGAUGAAGUAUCAGCCAUGGAGGAGGAGCAGGAAAAGAUUAGAUCAGAAGCACUCGGAAAUAUUGCGGCGUUGGAAGCACAAAAGAAAAUAAGCGCCGAGAGGAAGAAGCCGGGUGAUAGCUUUGCCUCUGGCAUGUACAGAAGAUACAGCAUUGAGGAAAUUGAAGAGGCAACAAACAUGUUUUCGGACAACCUCAAGAUCGGCGAAGGAGGCUAUGGUCCAGUUUACAGAUGUGAAUUAGAUUGCACCCAGGUUGCAAUCAAGGUUUUGAAGCCUGAUGCAGCUCAAGGACGCGAGCAGUUUCAGCAGNAGGUUGAAGUGCUGAGUUGCAUAAGGCAUCCAAACAUGGUUCUGCUGCUGGGAGCGUGUCCAGAAUAUGGUUGCCUAGUGUACGAAUACAUGGCGAAUGGAAGCUUGGAUGAUUGCUUGUUCAGGAGUGGGUCACGUCCACCUCUUCCAUGGCAGCUAAGGUUCCAAAUUGCAGCAGAGAUAGCCACAGGCCUUCUCUUCCUUCACCAGACAAAGCCAGAGCCACUUGUCCACCGUGACUUGAAACCCGGCAACAUUCUCCUCGACAGAAACUACGUGAGCAAGAUCAGCGACGUGGGGUUGGCCAGGCUGGUUCCUCCUUCAGUUGCUGACACUGUCACACAGUAUCGCAUGACUUCCACUGCUGGAACAUUCUGCUACAUUGACCCCGAGUAUCAGCAAACUGGCAUGCUUGGAAUCAAAUCUGAUAUUUACUCCCUAGGGAUCAUGCUUCUUCAAAUCAUCACUGCCAAGCCUCCUAUGGGUUUGACUCAUCAUGUUGGAAGGGCCAUUGAGAAAGGAACUUUUUCUGAGAUGCUUGACCCUGCUGUUCAGGACUGGCCAAUUGAACACGCCUUGCAUUUCGCCAAGCUUUCGCUGCAGUGUGCUGAAAUGAGGAAAAAAGAUAGGCCUGAUCUUGGAAAAGUUGUAUUACCUGAACUCAAUAAGCUUAGGGCGUUUGCAGAACAAAGCAUGUCGCCUAUGAUGAUGUUUGGACUUGGAAGCUGUGGAGCUGGUAAUGCAUAUGCUUCCAGAAACAGUAACUCUUCCAUAAAUUCCACUUUUUCUUCCUCAACUCAAGACACGAGUGAAUCUAACUCACUGUCUGGCUUGUCGGGAUAUGAAAGCCGCUCAAGCACAUCAUCACUGGGGAGAAUGUAAAGUGUGGAGUAAUAUAUUGAUCCAUCUUUUACCUUUCUGGGAGUGAAUAUGAGGCGGGGGCAGAAAACUCAACAAUGUGAUAACAUCAGAAGGCCUAAUCUAAGUAAAGAGUAUCAUGCACAUCUUUAAAGAAAUCAAGAACUCUAAUCCUUGAACAUUGUAUUUCACAACGUCCAUAGGGAUACCUACUGCGAUGAAUUUUGUCAUUCAAGGCUUAGCACACAACUUGAUGUGCAGAACCAACACAAGAGCUCUGGCACAUAACCUUGUAUUCGGAUGGUCAUAUGUUUUGACUGAAGGAAAUAACAAGAUACUACAACUCUCUCUCAA